AUGUCCUUCGAAGCUGGCACCUCGAUGAGCAAUGCCAUCGGGACCAUCGGGCUGGCCCUCUUCAAGUCGCUCGCCCUUCCCGGCAGUCCACUGCAUCCGGCCCAGACUCUCAUGACCGUGUUGGUGUCCGGGUAUUGGCCCUUCGCGACGCGCUCGUCGCGGAACUUCAAUCUGGUCCGGUGGUACGGGGCCGACGCGGUAUUUGAUUACCACGCGCCUCACUGUGUCACAGAUAUCUGGGCGUCGACUAAGAACGGGCUCAAGUAUGUCUUGGACUGCAUCUCCGAGCCCAAGACGAUGGCGUUCUGCUACCAGUGCCUGGGCCGGUUGAGCGGCAAGUAUACUGUGCUGGAACCCUACCCGGCAUUUCUCCAUACACGUCACACGGUCCAGCCGGAUUGGGUGCUGGAGCCGACGCUGCUGGGGAAGCCUAUUGGGUGGGCAGCGCCCUUCGCCCGGAAGGGAUGUCCGGAAACGCGAAGGCUCGCCCUGGAAUGGUUUACGAUUGCCCAGAAGCUCUUGGAUGAGGGUCUCUUGAAGACGCAUUCCAUUCAGUGCAUGGAAGGGGGCUUCGACGGAGUUUUGGCGGAACUGGAGCUCCUGCGUUCAAAGACGGUCUCUGGUAGGAAGCUGGUUUAUUCCGUUUACUUUGAGUAG